AUGAGAAAUCAGGACAACUGUAUAUGCUUUUCAAGAAUUUUUAACCAACAUGAUGAGCUUGAAGCAAAGUUUCUCGAGAAGGCUGCAUUUGAAGCUAAAUACCAGAAGCUGUAUGAACCGUUGAAUACAGAGAUUGAUGGAUACGCUUUGAUUUUGUCAUUAGUGCGAAAAUUUAGUGCGGAGAAAGGUGUUCUCAACUUCUGGCUGACUGCAAUAAGGAAUAAUGAGAUAGUAGCACAGGAGAUCUUACAGUGUGACGAAGAAGCUUUGAAUUGCCUCAAGAUAUCAAGUGGUGCAUAUGCCAGUGGUAUAUUUUUUGACUCUUGGCUCGCUGGUACUAUCUUUCUGAUUAUGUUGUUGUUACUAUUCUAUUGCCGCAUUUCAUCUUCUUGUGCCGAGGGUCUAUUCGGAAACAACUUCUGUACCACCAGAGUAGGGGCUGAAGAUCUCCGGAAUCUAAUGGGAGAAGAUCACGGCAUUGGAGAAAUUGCUGGGGAUGAAUUUGAAGAUAUUGAAGAGGAUGAUGACUAUUAUGAGGAUGAAGAAGGGGAGGAGCAAAAAAUAUGUACUAUUAGAUCGUCAUCAGCACCAAAGAAGAGUGCCAUAGCACGAGUUAGAGAAGGAAGGUCAGCAUGGAGAAUGCCUUCCAGAGGUGCAAGCAACAGUAGUUUGUCUUUUGCCCAUGACAGCUGA